AUGACCACCUCUACUACCAGUAAGGCGUAUGCAUCGGGUGCGUCUGUCCGAUCUCGAGAGGGCUCGAGUGUCCGUUUCAGUCUGAGGCCUCGCGAAGACAGCAUGGCGUUUGCUGCCUCUACUUCCAAUGAUGACGACGACAACAAUGACAAUGAGCAUCGACAAGAGCAGUCAUUGGAAAAGUACGGCGACGACUUGGAACUCGGUUCGAUGGGUGAUGAUGACCAUGAAGAAGAAGAGACAGUGCCAAUGACCGAAGACGUGUACAGUCUGUUGACAGUGUCCAAUUGGGGCGGCGCUUCGUUUUGGUUCAGUUUGUUGAUUAUUUUUUUGCAGCAGAGUACGAUCUUGUUGACGUUGCUGGAUCUCAUGGGGACCAGCGUGAAUGUCAAAGUAGACCGCGACAAUCCCUUUCGUAUUCCUCCCGGUGUCAGCAAGGAAGUUACGUUUGCCCAAGGCGCUUCCAUGCUCUUGACCGUGGCGACGGGCACCAACUUUCUGAUUGGACUGGAGAAAUUCACGGCUAGCAUUGGUGCCGACAAUCAUACCAAUCAACGCAUCAUUCAAGCCAUUUUCGCCAUUCAACAACUCGAUGCUACACGCGAUUCCGUAAAGGCUGCCACGUGGAUGUGGAUGUGGAAGUAUCAUCUUAGUACAUUCCUACAACUCGUCGCGGGCGUGGGCAUGAUUGUCGUGGGAUUCAUCAUGAACAUGCAAGCCACAUCGGUACUGGGACUCAUGCUCAAUUUCGCCGCCCUACAGUUCAUUGGUGAAAUUCAAGAUGUCGCGUUUUGGGUCGCCAAACAGGGAUUCGUAUCCAUGUGGGUCGAACAAACCACGCAUCUCGUGGAAAUGGUACAGUUGCCGGCACCCCGCAAUUUGAGAAAGGACAGUCGAUUUUGGCAUCCAUCGCUCAUCAAACGAGCUGUAUACGCCGUCGUUACCAUUGGCUUACUUGUGGGGUAUGCCCUACUUGUACGGCAACAAGCGACCGGACAAUUCCUCUGUCAAAAUCUAUUUGUUCAAUUUGGAGAUGACUUUCGUCCCGAAUUGUCGGCAUUGUCGGGAGAAUACCAACAACAUCCCACACAACUCAUUGCCGGUCGGGUCGUGUAUUACGCGGCCACGUCGGGGGCACGAUUUGCCUAUUGCGCUUCCCUUCAAGUAUGGACGUUCAAGGGAGGCAGUUUUGAUUUGCAAUUUGCCCAAGGACACGAUUCGCAAGUCACACAAGUCGAUCCCGAAAACGAUGAUCCCUGUCUCUUCUACUGGGCCAAAUCGCAAACCACCGAAACGUACGAUCUCACACAAACCAUGGCCACGCCGUGGACGGUCUGGGACAUGUACACCAAUCAGACACAUUUGCCCAUUGAUUGGAUGACACUCUUUUGUUUGGAUUGCAAUGCUGGACGGACGUGCAGUAAUCACGGGACUUGCAGAGCGAAUCGAUGCGACUGCAAUUGGGGACGCUUUGGAUUGCAUUGCGAAUAUGCAUUGCCGUGUACCGCACUCGAAUUGGAUCAGCGCACGCCGCCCUUUCCACACGUACUAAACAAACACGGCGAAGGACGGACCUUGCCAUCGUCCAGUUAUGUCUUGCUGCGAGACGAUAAAGGAAUUCCCGUCGUGGUAUACAACAAACCCGUCUAUGUCUCAUCUCCCCAACAACAGCAACGCACACUGCAACAACUCCAUCAUCGCGUCAUGAGUGAUGAUGUGGGGAAUGAAACCAUUUCGCUCAUGACAGCCAUGGUGGAAGAAGAAGAAGAACAGGUAGCAAACGGACUGUUAUUGUCCCAACCACAACAAUUUGAUUACAACGACGAACAAGAAGGACCCAUUCAAGAUCUGCUGCUCUUUACGGGACGAAGGUGGGGCCUUGCACAGACUAUUGAUGAACACGGGAAGAGUACCGUUCCCACCUAUCGCUCCGAGUUGGUACGCUUUCUACGGAACGAUCGAUUCCUAGCCAUCUUUAGUGGCUUUGACUUUCACAUGAUGAGUUCUUCGGUGGACAUUGGAACACCCACGGACUUUGUGACUCCGAUAGAAAUAUCGUGGUACAAGACCAGAACAUGGUUGACGUUGGCCGCCACGGAAAGUAACUCCAGCAAUGGCAAUCUCAAGACAAGACUGGAUCUGUAUCGAUACGAUCCAACCCAGCCAUUGGAUACGGUCCUCUUGUGUGCAUGGUGUCAAUCUGCCUUUAAUCCGUGUUUGAACGAGGGGUUCUGCGAAGGCCAAGACGAUACACCCCAGAAUAACGAUGGUCAAGACGAUGGUGGGGGUGGCCAAUGUAUCUGCAAGACUGGAUUUGGAGGGUACUUGUGUGAGCACGAACAAGCUUGUACCGAUACCGGAGCCAGCUGCUUUCAAAAUGCAACUUGUAAUGAGAGCACGGGAGACUGCAAUUGUCCGCUUGGCUACGAAGGACGACUCUGUCAAUACGACGAGGAACCGCUGCGGUCGGAACUGUAG